AUGAGAGGGCUGUACUACUUAGUGCUUGUCCUGUUUACUUUAAAGUUUUGUUCUUGCAGUGGAAUUUGCAAAGAAAAUGAGAAAAAAGCUUUACUAAGGUUAAAGAAAGAAGCAAAUGAUCCAACAAAUGUACUAUUUUCUUGGAUUGAUAAAGAAGAUUGUUGUAACUGGGAAGGAGUUUUGUGCCACAAUGUAACUGGUUCUGUCAUUGAGCUAUCCAUUAAUGGAUGGGAUUGGACAGAACUUAAAGGCCUAAAGAUUGAUAAUUUCCAGUGGUUGUCAAGUCUUGAGAAUCUUGAUAGUUUGGACAUGUCAGGUGUGGAUUUAAGUGAAGCUACGAACUGGACUGAGAUGAUUAACAUGCUUCCUUCUUUGGUUAAUCUCCGUUUUUCGAAUUGUAGUCUUCAUUCAAUACCUCCUUUGUUUGAUCAUAACAAUUCUCUUCUUGAAAAUCUUGAUCUUUCUUUGAAUAACUUUGGUUCUCUGAUUCCCGGGUGGGUUUUCAGUUUUAGUAAUCUUGUUUCUCUUGAAUUCACUGGUAGUAAUUUCACUGGUUCAUUUCCUGAGGGUCCUUUUAACUUGACUUCUUUCACAACAUUAAGAGCUUCUAGCAACUCCUUUGGUUCUGUUUUACCUCAAUGGUUAUUUGAUCUUAGUAAUCUUGAAUAUCUUGAUUUGAGUUAUAAUGGUCUCGAGGGUCCAAUACCAAAUGGAGCUGGAAAUUUUACCAAGCUUACUUAUCUUAGUCUUGCUUCCAAUAAUCUGAAUUCCACCAUCCCAAAUUGGCUCUAUGAAUGCAAGAAUCUUGAAACACUUAUCAUGAAAGGAAACACUCUUGAGGGAAUAGUUUCAGAUUCGAUUUCAAAUCUGACAUCUCUAACUAGUAUCGAUAUGUCUGAAAAUUUUCUUUCUGGAAAGUUACCGAGUGUAAUUGGAAAGUUGUGGAAAUUAGAAGAUCUCAAUCUCUCAGAAAAUCGAUUUGAAGGAGAAGUAUCCGAGAUUUUCAAUACUAUGACUGAUUGCCCUCCAAUAGGCUCAGGAAAUUGUUCUUCUUUGAGGACUUUAAGACUAAAUGACAACAAACUAGUUGGAAAUCUUCCAAAAAGUUUUGGGCACCUUCCAAAUCUACAGUUCUGUUUCAUGUUCAAUAAUAGGUUGGAAGGGGUGUUAACAGAAGAACAUUUCACCAACUUGACAAAUUUGAAGUUUUUCUCUGCAUCUAAGAGUAAUUUGACUUUGAGAGUGAGUUCAGAUUGGAUUCCACCAUUUCAAGCUAGUGACAUUGUAAUGGGCAGUUGGCGCUUAGGCCCUGACUUCCCUUUGUGGAUCCAAUCUCAACAAUCAAUUAUGAAUUUGGACAUAUCGAAUGCUGGUAUAGUAGGUGAGGUUCCAACUUGGUUCUGGAACUUAUCGUCUCAAAUUCGUUUCCUCAAUAUGUCUCACAACCAGCUCAUUGGUGAAAUUCCAACUUUCUCAAUUUCUGAUAGCUCCAUGGGAAGUGGAGGUCCUUGGUUGAUAUACUUGAGUUCCAACAACUUUAGUGGUUCACUUCCUCAUAUACCAACCAUGGUAACAGAGUUGGACCUUUCAGAUAACUCUUUCUCAGAAGGUUUAACGAGCUUCUUGUGUGAUAAAAAGAAUGAAUCUUACAUGUUAGAGAUCCUACACCUUGGAGGAAAUCGUUUCUCCGAAGAAAUUCCUGAUUGUUGGAUGAAUUGGCCAGAGUUGAGAGUUAUCAACUUGGGAGAGAAUAAGCUUACCGGAGGAAUCCCAAGAUCCAUUGGGGCUUUAAGCAAUUUGAAAUCUUUGGACUUGAAAAGAAACAAACUUUCUGGUCCAUUGCCUUCAUCCUUGAAAAACUGCACAAGAUUGUGGAAAAUAGACAUGAAUGAGAAUGAGUUAGAUGGAAAUUUACCACCUUGGUUAGGUACAAGGCUUUCAAAGCUGACAGUCCUGAGUCUCCGGUCUAAUAAAUUCGAUGGAGAACUAGCUCCAGAACUUUGCCAGCUCAAUGAUAUUCAAAUCUUGGAUCUUGCCAACAACAAUUUGUUUGGAGCUAUACCACGGUGUGUUAACAAUUUCACAGCAAUGGUGAAUGGAAGGAAGGAAAUUAGAGAUGGAGACGAUGAGAUGGAUUAUUCUUAUUAUGUUGGAGUUUUCAGGGAGAGUGCAAAAGUAGUAACUAAGGGCAACAUGUAUCAAUAUGAUACCAUUUUGUCAUUGUUUACAAGCAUGGAUCUUUCUAACAAUAAUCUUUCUGGAAACAUUCCUAUGAGUCUUACAAGUCUUGUUGGAUUGAGAUCAUUAAAUUUCUCCCAAAAUCAGCUGACUGGUAGUAUUCCAGGGGACAUUGACAAGAUGAAGGUAUUAGAAUCACUUGAUAUUUCGAAUAAUCAACUCUCUGGUGAAAUACCACAAAGCAUUUCGAGUUUGUCCUCUUUGAGCUACUUGAAUGUAUCUCAGAACAACUUAUCAGGGAGGAUUCCUGUGAGCACUCAACUUCAAAGCUUUAGCCCUUCUAGCUUUACUGGAAAUAAGCUUUGUGGGCUUCCACUCAUGGAGCGUUGCAGUAAAAAUCCUGAGGUUGAAAAUGAAGAAGAACAAGAAGAAGAUAAUGAAGUGGAAUGGUUUUAUGUUUCCAUGGCAAUAGGAUUCAUUGUGGCCUUUUGGGGUGUAAGUGCUCCUUUGCUUUUCAUAAGACCUUGGAGACAUGCAUAUUUUAGUUUUUUAGAUAGAAAAUGGAAAUCAUGGCACACAUAA